AUGCCGCACGUGAGCAGCAGCGGCGGCGGAGAUGAUCUCGGCAGUGAGGACGAGGUCAAGGUUUUCAAGGAUGAGGGCGAGGACGAGAAGAGGUCCUCCGAGAACCUUACCGAGGAGAAGAGCUCGCUUAUCGAUCUCACCGAAUCAGAGGUGCGAGAAAAGGGAUCGCUUGCGGGAGCUGCAUAUGCAAGUAAGGCCUCCUCGAGGUCUGAUCUCAGUCCGGUCUUUGAAGUUGAGAAAUUUCUUGGAAUUAAAACCUCUUGA